AUGGCGGGGCUAACCAUCUACUCGAUUCUACUGCUAGGAACGAGCCUGGUGGUGUUGGGCUCUCAACAUUCACCUUACUCGUUACGGGCUGCCAUAGAUGCGUUGCAUCGUCGAGAGGCACAACUAGCCCUACAAGACGAAGCUGCCGCCGAACAGUUGGAUGAGGAUGGCUACUGGACGGAACCAACCGAAGAACAGCGAGCUCGUAUGUACGAUCCGUUGCUGAACAACGAUCACGAGAACUUCGUAUUUCGGGACUCCGAACACCCCGAGUAUACGUAUGACCUGUAUGAUCUGGACUCGCGUAAACGAUCCGUGUUCAGGGAACGUGACGAGAUGGCAGGAUAUCCAUCCGCAUUCCGUGAGCGUGAGCACGAGAAGCCCUACCCGAGUCAGGAAGUGGUGGCAGCCGAAUUCCUAAAAGCAGUCGAUCGUAUGGAACAAGAGGAUCGUGAACACGAGUUCCAGGAGCGGCUGCAGAAUCUCUGGGACAAAUACCAACAGGAGGAGAACGACAUCGAGCAUCAGCUGUUCGAAGACGAACAGCAGGUCCCGAUAGGUUACGAAAAGCGACAAGGAUACCCGACUGCGGCUCCACCACCACCAGCACAAUAUGGAAUACCGAUGGAGGCACGCAAGCGUUCACUUCCAAUCUUGCCUUGGUUGCCAGCAUCGCGCAAGAAGCGAUUCCCGGUAGCGAAGCGAUCACCCAAACCGGAAGCUCCACCAUCGGGCACGGACGAGAAGGUGGCGAAGGAUCUGCAGGCUCUGUUUGGGGCGCCAAUUGAGCAGAAACGUAAACGCUCGAGUGACCCCGCCAGUGCUCCCGCCAGCUCCACCGUAAGUCCUGGGACGACCACAACCGUCUCUCCUCAUGGCGAACAUGUGCCAGAUUCUGGCAAGACCAAACGAGCGGAGUCCAGCGAUGAACACAAUCAUGAGCACAGCUCGGAGGAAGGACCGGAUGAGGAUGAACACGAGCACGAGCACGAGCACGAACAUGAGCACGAGCAUGAGGACUCGAGUGAGGAGUUUGAGGGAGAAGACGAUGACAAAAAGAAGAAGCGAUCGGUACGCAAACGCUCCAACCUGGAGGUGGUGAAGGAGGAUCAAAUCCUGCCGGGUGACAUCGGAGAGUUCAAAUCGAAGAAAUCGAUCCAGUGGAACAAGUACUUUGGUAUGGAUCGUAGGAAAAAAGACGGUCGAAAUGGAUCGCCGGGAGCUUCGGCAUACCCGUUGAGCUUUUACAAGACGUACGAUGAGGAGCGCAAAAAGAAAAACAUCAACCAGGACAAGUUGGAGAGCAUGGAUCGAAAGUUGAAAGGCAUCGAGGAUUUGAUCCUGGAUCAGACGGUCAAACUCACGGGCGAUCAUCAGGGAGCAAUCACUGAGCCGGAGCAGCUCGAAAAGCUAAAGGACAAGCUAGUGCAACGCCUCGCUACCGCAUACAGUAUCGAGAAAAUGCGCCACACGCUGGAGAAGCUGAAGGAUUCGGUAGAUGAAGACCUGUCGAAUUACAAACUGAACGAGCCGUGUGAUGACAAGGAAAAAACGAAACGCGUCGCAGUCAAGAAGGAACGAGCUGAGUAUGACCACAACCAACACAGCAUGGAGCACGGAAGCGACAAAGUAACGAACGAUGAGGUCGAGAAUAACCUUGAUGACGUUGAGGAUGACAAGAAGAAGAAAAAACGCACACAAAAGCGAUACCAGGAGGUGUUCCGAAGCCCGGAAGAACCCGAGAUGGAGCACGACUUUAACCGGGGGCUUGUUGUUGAAUCCACUGAAUGUCCGCUGUUGGAUGCGUUCGAGCGACGGUGUCGGGGUGUGGACGUGCUCAGCGGGGACAUCUACCAGGAACUGCUGCCAGCUUGUGGCGCCCAUCAGCUGUGCUACCUUUGCGGUGUUUCGCCAAAGGUGUGCGAUCUUCAGUACCUCUCGGAGGCGGACAACAUCUGCGAGAACCAACCGGACUGUCAGACGACCGCUCGGUCUGUGCUAAUGAUACUGCGGGGCUUUCCAGGACCUCAGCUGGGUCCGCGGGAAUGCGCCAAGAACCCCUGUCUGUACCGGGCCAUGCUCGAGGUUGGGGUGGCUGUAAAUUAAAUUCGUCACAUGCCGCCCUACUCCAGAUGUACCACGGAACUGCGCCUCCGCUGAACGUCCCAUCUCCUGCUCCGUUCCCGAGAUGGUGUCUUGAUGUGAAGUUGUGAAUUUGUUACCGAUAAGUUUACCUAUUACGACCGUUGGAUGACCCUGUCCCUGAGAUCCGUUGAACAGAAGUGCAGUGAGCAAGCAGGAAGAUGGCUGUACAUUUAGAAAUGAUUAGUUGUACACGGGGUCUGUGGGCCAUGAUGGCUCCAAAGCCCCAGCAUGAUAAACUCUAAGCGUGCGAUCGAUGCAAAAACGAUGAUCAGUAUACCGAGAACAUACCAUUCCCGGCGAGCAACCGGAAGGAACAUUCCUGUAUCCUUUCAGCCGGUUCUAUCUCAUAUACCUACUGGGGCGCAUUUUUAAUCGCAUAUCGAUAACUAUGUAUGUAUGUUUAACACACGCACACACACACACUCUGAAUGUCAACCACCGGCGGGUCAACUGCUUGCGGCUUUUCCAUGGUUUAAUAUGUUUUUUUUUGUCCUCAACAAUGGAUUAUGCAAGUGUUUUAUCACGAUGAUUGGGCGACUCUUGGUGUCAUGUUUGGCGAAUAGUUUUUACGCUGCGUUUUUGUCCUGCAAUCGACUCUUUUUCGUUACUGACGCAUCGGAACACGUUAUAAAUGUCUCGUACACCCACAAGCAGAACGGUUUUUGUCAUGCAUUAUUUACAAAUCUUAUAGCAACUGACAAGGAUAUUGCAGUACACCGAUAAGGAUAGCAAACGAAGGAAGCAUUCAAGGUCGGAACGAUCUUACUCUAGUUGUGAGCAGAUGAUGAGAAUCUAUAUAUAUAUAUAUACUUAUACAAAAUAUAUAUAUUAUACUGAAUGUGUAUGGUAAGUUUCAGAAACUAAUAAAUAUUAAUUUACAAAGAAGAUGGAAUGCAAAAAAACUACAAUACAAAAAUCCGACCCCAGCCUAGACAUGUGUGUAGAGCAAGAUAGGAACAAGCAAAGCCCCCCCAUGUGAAGGAAAGAAAACGAAGUCCCUUAAAAUAACCCCGACAAUAAGAGCACGCAAAGCAUGUAGGACUGGGUCACGUUCCACGUGGCCGGGGGACUACGAGCGGAAAACGGCAAGCAAAUGGUUCAAAACUAUUUAACGCAGUCUCGCGGAAUUCGCGGUGGAGUAGAUAGCGAUGAUGACUAUCCAUCGACUAACUACUACAUCAGAGGAGCUAUGAAUCACACACAAAUUCUGAUAAGAAAUGCAGGAGCGAACUGAGUGCAGCUAUUAGUUUUACAGGCAGCCGAUGAAGGCAGGACUGGCAAGGAACUGGCUUACAAAACAGAAAAUGAACAUAAAAAUCUCAAACUACAGCCCUUCUACUACUCAACCAGCUGGGCAGUUUACGGUCUGUCAUUUACGAUGAAUUUAUCACAUCCCUCUUCUUGCACUACCGAGCGUGACGAAGUACCGCGGUGUACUAAAGUUAUCGAGAGACAGCGAAGGCAUUGUAACACGAUGUAAUUUGUAUGGUAGGCAGGGUACAUUCAGCAGCGAAUACCAUCAAGAUGGCUUACUAAUACUUACACGAAAAAUGUUAGUAGUUUAGUGGAACACUUUAACACACAAUCCCAACAUCCUAAUACUCGACACUCUAAACAACCGAUCGACCUAAGCUAAACACACGAAGCCACCAUGCAGAAUACACUAAACAAUCAACGAGACAAAACGUCAGUAUUUGUUGAAAUCUAAAUAAACAUAACAUCAAAAACCA